GAUUCAAACUGACGCUGUUGUGUUGGGAAUCAUAUUACUAAUUUUGUUAAUCUUCUGUCCCAUACAUGUACGCAGACCAUAACUCAAAAUUUGAUGACAGUUCUUAUCAAGGACAUGAAGUUGUUGAUUCUGCAGAUGAUUCGGAUGAACCAGUCGAUCCCGAAUUUAUUAAUCUUUUAGAAGAUAUUGAAGGUAAUGAACAUGAGAGCAUCGAUCUGUACUCCGUAUUGGGUGUUGACAAAAAUGCAUCGGCAGCUGAUCUGCGCAUGGCAUACAAACGUCUUUCCUUGUUGUUCCAUCCGGAUAAGCAUUCUAUUUCGACACCAGAAGACAAUGAGAAAAUUAAUUCAAAUUCAUCUGAUGCGGUGGCUGCAUUCAGUCAAAUUGCUUCAGCUUAUGCGAUUUUAAGCAAUCCUGAACAACGUGCUAUUUAUGAUAGUUUUGGUUAUAGAGGGUUGCAAAUGCAGGGGUGGCAAAUAGCGAGUUUUCAAAAAUCAGCACCUGAACUUCGUUUGGAAUAUCUUCUUUUGAAAGAAAAAGCUCGAGUUUCAAAGCAACUUCAGUUGACACAACCAACCUCGGAAUUUUCUCUUGGCUUAGAUUUAACGGAUGUUUUUGAUCGUUAUUUGAAGGAGCCACCAGAGGAUCGUUCGUUGAUUCCAAUUCCAUCAAUUUAUGAGCUUUCUGUUGCUCAAUCUAUCAAUGCUGGUAUCAGCAUAAAAAACUCAGUAAGUUUAGCUGGUCAGGUGACAGCCCAUAAUGGUGUAGGGAUAGGGACAUUUCUUGCUAUAUGGCGGCAUCACUGCUCCAGAAAUUCAAUUUUCGGUCCAACUACAAUCGAUACCGAGUUUUCUUACGGUCGCGCUGGUCGUGGAUUGAGUACUGGUAUACGAGCAAGGCGAACUUUUGGACAGCGUCUCCAUGGUAGUUUAGGUUUAUCUCUAGCUAGUUUAUAUGAAAGAUCUCCCAAGUCGAGUAUAAAUCUAAUUCCUGGUAUUUCUGCUGGUGUAAAUGUCCAGUUGUUAUCUCAUGUACAUGCACACUUGGAGUUACGUUGUCUCAUGAAUCCAGGUAUAUCGAGUGAAUUGUUAUUUACUUCUGCUGACGGUGAGUAUAAUGUUCGAAUUUCAAGUAAACUUAACGCAUCCGGUUAUGCAAGCCUUUCCCUGUUACUGGAAAAGUCUGUCUCGUGGACUUGGCUAAAUCCACCUCGAGGAUCUGGUGUAAUUGAUAAAGAAAAUGUUCCUGGACCUGAUUGUGAUUGGGCAGAUUCAGAUAAUUGUGAUUUAGAACAACAGCGACGCAGUAAAGGCAAUAUAUCAUGCACCAUUGGUGUUAACACCACAGACAUUGUUGAAUUCUCUCUAGGUGCACAAUGUCAAAUUUCCGCUCAUUCUAGAAUCGCAGGUCAGAUUCGUCUGAGCAUUCAAAAAGGUGUAACUGUUAAAAUUAGCCUUUUACGAGGUACUCAGACAUAUUCUUUUCCUUUUAUUCUAUCUGAUCACCCUGACAGAGUUGCUUUUGGUUACGGUUUAAUUUUCCCCAUACUUGCAUUUUCGGCUAUUCGCAUGUUGGUCUAUGAACCUUAUCUAUCUCGUCAGUUAAAAAUUGCACAGAAGUUUCGAAGAGCUAAACUGCGCGAAGAACUGAACAGGAAACGCCGUGAAGCAUUGUCCACUCAGGAACUAAUGAGGAGAGCUGCAUCACGAAGUAAACGGAAUGAAAUGUCUAUUUCCGGUCUUAUCAUCGAUCAGGCAAUAUAUGGUUGCCUUUCACCAACCUCUGAUCCCACUACUUUAUCUGAUGCUGGUGGUCCGCUUACGUUUGAUGUGACUAUACCCCUCCAAGCUAUGAUAGAAAAAAGUCACUUACGCUUACCACCUGGUCGGUGGUGUGAUUUCCAAGGUUUCUAUGACCCCUGUGUUGGUUUGCUAGAAAAUCCACGUCAACUUCGUGUGUCAUAUACUUUCCAUAAUUUCCCUCAUGAUGUCACUGUCAAUGAAAAUCAAGGUCUAGCUAUCCCAAUGUCCAAGCAUAAAGUUGAAAUUCCUUAAUUCAUGUAAAAUUAUCUCCGAGUUGUCUUUCAAAUUAGUUAAUAUAUUAUCUCCACCGUGCAACCUUUCGUAGGAAUCUUGACGUACUUCACUGUUGCACGUUGUUGUCAUUACUUUCUUGUAAUCCUAUCGUUUUCAUUUUGUUUGGAAAUUGAGCACAGCACUAUCUGUUUGGUCCUUGCAUUCUACAGAUGAAAGCAUUUAAUCCCAGUGAUUACCUCUGUUGAUUUUGAUUGUAGAUAAAAUAAUUUUUAUUCUGAAUAUAUUUUCCCAAUUCAUUAUAAUGAAGUUGCACAUCUUUUCAUUUAUGUUCUAUGCGAGUUAGCUGUACAGUUAUUAAAUAAUGUUCAUAGAUAAAAACAACACUUAAUCCUUUUUAUUAUUUCUUUAAUUUACUGCAUGAAUUGCUAUGGUUGUUUGAAAGUGGAAAUUAGUCACACACUCACACUCAACGUUAAUCCAACCUUGGGUCAUAAAUAACCUAGUGAUCAUAGGCUUCAUGUUCUCUAAAAAGAUGUCGCUAAGAGCCCAAGGAAACUACUUGCUCUCAAAAGUUCUAAAGCAUACUUGUUAGCAAUUGUUUAUUAAGCUCUUUUUAUACAAAUUUUGAUCAAUUUCAUUUUUAAUUUGUAAGAAAAAGAUAAAU